UGUAUGGGUGCAAAAUGCAAUUACAAAUAUCUGAAUUCAAUUACCCAAAAAGAAAAGCAACAUUUUUUUUUUUUUAAUUUUGAAAUUCUUAUACCCAUUUUGGCUGAUCGAAUAGUAAAAAUUUUUUGAUUGAUUUCACGAACUGAAGCAGUAGUACUGCUAAAUCACAGUCCCAAGGAUCAAAGAUUUCAAAAAAUACAAAUCAAUGGCUACCAAUGAUGGAGCGGGUGAAGAGCAAUUGGAGAAGAUGGCGGAAUUGAGCAAAACCCUAAAAGAAGGAGAAAGAAUUCUAGCACCCACCCGAAGACCCGAUGGCACCCUACGUAAACCCAUUCGGAUUCGGGCUGGGUAUGUUCCUCAAGAGGAAGUCGCCAUUUACCAGUCCAGAGGUGCCCUGUGGAAAAAGGAGAUGGCGUCCCAAGUAGUACCUCCAGGUUAUGAUCCACCUGCAGAUGCAAAACCCAAGACUAAGUCAGCAAAGAGAAAUGAAAGAAAGAAGGAGAAACGGCUACAGGCUGCUCUUGAAAAGGGUAAGAACUUGGAAGCAAUGGCGGAUGAUGAGAUUAAAAAAGAGGAUGUACCUGAGGAAGAUUUAGAUGAUGGAUCAGAAUCUGUUAAAUCAUUGACAUCUCAGAUGACUGAUCUUGCUGUUUCUCAAAAUCCUGUUCCAACCUCUCCUCCCUCAAACUCAGUGGAGGCCUCAAAUGCUGGGGCACCAGUUCAAGAUCUCGAUAAAAAAAUUCGGGCAAUUAAAAAGAAGAUUCGGCUAGCAGAAACCCAACAGCAGAAAACUCCACAGCAAGAGAUGAAGCCAGAACAGUUGGAAAAGUUGGCAAAAGUGGAAGGUUGGCGUGAGGAGCUAAAGCUUUUGGAGGAUAAAAACGCUGAAUUGGCAGCAUCGUGAGUUUGGGCUGCCGUGUCUGUGAAAAAUUGUGUAAUUCAUUUACCGUUUGAUGGGAUGCAAAAACUGCAUUAUGGAAUAGAGGUCAAUCUAUCGAGAUUUUGUUCUAAAAGUGGCAUGUGAAUUUGCAUUGAUGCAUAUGACCAUGCAGUUUAAUUAGUACUCUUGUUCCCCCGCCUUUGCGCAUGGAUGAUUUGAUACUGAUACGAUUGCCAAUUUAGCUUUAGUAGGUUUACUAGCAUAAUUUUCCUAGCAUUCCAUUAUACCUCCAAUGGUGGAAAACAUUCAUCUGAAAUUUUGGUUAGCUGUGAUUCAAACACCAAAUGACAUUUAUUAAUGACCCUUUUCACCAUUUCCCUGUGCAAUGAUAAUAGGUUUUAGAUACCAAGUCCAGGAAACAGAUAGAGAGUUAUGGGAGUGAUUACUGUGAGGGAUCUUUUAUCCACAUUUCUGAAUACUCUGCAAAAUCAGGGGCUCUUUCAUGGUUGUAAAAGCAACAUGGUAGCAGUCCGAGAGUGAUAUUCCACAAUCUCACCUUCACGACCCCUGUUAGUGAGCAGCAAGUAAUGUUACUCGUAAUCUGAUUUGCACAUCAUCUGCAAUGGGCAAGAGGGAAAGGUGAAAAGAUAAUGCAGCCUUCUGCUGCCAAAUUCUUUAGCAUAAAUCACCUAUUGGACAAGACAAUAUUUUCCAUCCUAACCAAUGCAUAUAUAUUGUAGCAUAAUAAUUCCCAGUGCAUGCAAUUUUAAAUAUCCUGCAACUCAGAUGUAGAUUUAAUACUACAACAGAAGAUUUUACAGAGAAAAGCACUUGAUGCAAUUAUAUGAAAAGAAAAAAAAAAA